AUGAAAUCAUCAUUUUAUUAUUCCCUUCAUCCCACUGGGAUGUUCUUGGCUAAUUGCAUUGUUCUUGGAGACACAUCAACACAAGAGUUUAUUCUUAUUGACUGUGGAGGUGAUAUUUCAUCUGCUCUAAAUGAUGCUGACAAACAUGGAUUAAAAAAAUGCACUGAAAUAGUUUGUACCCAUGGCCAUAUUGAUCACAUAGCUGGACUAGAACAAGCAGUAUUAAAAACAAAUGCCCCAAUUUCUCUUCAUUCUCAAGACCUUCAAUUAUAUAACAUUGCUCCAUUACAGGCAAUGCUAUUUGGUCUUCAGUUACAACCACUUCCAACUGUAAAAAGAAUUUUAGAAGACCAAGACCGUAUUUAUGUAGGACAGUAUGAAGGUGUUGUGUUACAUACACCUGGGCAUUCUCCUGGUAGUAUUUGCAUUUAUUUUGAAGAGCCAAAAAUUUUAGUAACUGGAGAUACAAUUUAUAAUGGAAAUGUAGGAAGUUCUGUUCUUCCAGGUGGAGAUACUGCUAAGUUGAAGCUAAGUGUUUUAAGUGUUUUAAAUAACACUAAACCUGAGUCAAUUAUUUUACCAGGACAUGGCAUUGCUUCAACGGUUUCAAAAGAAAAACAAACUAGCACAAUUUAUUAUAUGUGA